UCCAGAAUAAGUUUUAUAACUCCGCUAUCUCUUAAUACCGUUCAGGGCCAAUUUUAGCAUAACCGUACCCUCGGCGAGUAGUGUAUCGCGCUUCCAAACUGCAAUACAAACCCAUCUGAAAAUAGGCGCCCGUGACGCCCCAUUAUGUCGGGCGCCCUGGGCGGCAGACCCACUUCGCCCUAACCUAACGUCACUACCGCAAUCGCUCGCUUUUGUUUUAUGAAUUUUUAUAAAAUAGCUGUAAAAAUUAAAUUCCCUAACUCUUUUGUUUUACGGAUGCUAAAUUUGGAAUCCACGCAUAAAAGAUACGCUUAACGCGUGCCAUAUUGAGAUUUAGCACCAAAUGAUAAACGGGGUCGUAAGCCGAGAUCCAAACAGUCCAUUGGCCAGAUAUAUACCUACUCUCUGCAAAGUAAACACAUCGCAACAGGGGUGCAUAUGUCAAGGCCCGUUGUAGCUCUUACAUCUAAGUCCAGAAUAAAUAUCUUCUUGAGAAAGCGCUAUCAAUGGUAUUAAUAAUAAAAAACAAUAAAUAAAAAUAUACAACGUAGCUCAGUAAUUUUAGUAUGUUAUCAAAACGUAAGUCAAAGAAGUAUUGAAAAUCGACAAAAGUAUUUGUGUAGUGUUUAUUUGUGCGUGUUGAAGCAAGAGAAGUGGUUAACGGUUAUUGAAAAGUUAUCCACACUGCUUACCUCUUCAAAUAAUAAACGUAUGUAAUAACAGUUAUUGAGAGAAAAAUAUUUAUAAUAAUAAGCAGAAAUAUUUAAGAAUCUCUGUAAUAGUAUCACAUAUCACUGUCCGCAUAAUCACAACGGGAUGUUUACAAUACUGUAUUCAAACUCAUUUCCGAGCAUAAAGUUGACUGAGCGGACAUAUCGCGAGAUGCGCUCCCAAAUUAUUUUAAUAACUUUCACUAUCCUUCUCGUGAUAGUGCAAAGUCACUGGAGUCUGAGGAGCGAGGACAGAUGUAUCAAUUACUACAGAACCGGGAGAAACUUCGACUUGAAUCAGAUGAACGGUGACUUCUACGCUGUGUACUACUGGCCGCCGAUACAACGUGAAAGAGAAACCUGCGGAGUAUUGAACUUCAGAGUCAUGUCGGACGAAGACGUGGAGGCGGCGACAGCUGAGUGUGAUGACGCUAUCGAUGAUGAUGAUAACGUGGUCCAAGCUACGUACAGAAACAGUACGGGGAAGCUGGUUAAUGUGUUAUACUACGGUAACGAGGAAGUAAAGCAUCUGAUGAGGUCGUGCGACAAAAUCUACAAGUAUUUGUUUAUUAGGAUUAAUGAUGUUUAUGUGAUGGGUAUUAACUGCUCGUCCGGGGGCCGCGGGAUCCUGCUGGCAAAGUCUUACCUGCCCGGCCUCAACGAAGUGCAAACGGUCGUCAGAAGUAUAGAGUUUAUGACGGGUCGAGAAGGCAAGCCAGAUUGCCCGCUGCCGUAAUGCUGCGGAACUGCUUAAAUAUUCAUAACGUUUAAUGUGUUUUAAAUAAAAAUUGUGUAUUAUUGUGUUUUUUCAAUAAAUUUGAUUUAAUUAUUGAUUGUUUUAUUUUAUUGGUAGUUUAUUUAGUUACAUAAUCUACGAGGUGUCUUUCCAUAUCUUUCCAAGUCUUAGGUUAAGUUUUUGCUAAACUUUCGUAGUUACAAAAUAAUCUUUAAGUUAGGAAAUUGCAUAAGCUAACGAA